AUGCCUGAACAAAGAGGUGUUUAUUUUGCAAACAGUCCACUUACUGGCGUUAAAUUCAGAUUGGUCCUUGAAUACAACGAGCCAGUAGCUGAUGUACCGCAAUCACUCGAUAAUUUUACCGAAAAUACCAGCGAAAAGUCUGUUCCCGCAUUGUCAACUACUUUUGUGGAAGAGUGUACUUUCAGGUGGCAACAAAAACUUUACCAUAAAUUCACUACUGUGCCACAGUCGCAAACCGAAGGUUGUUCUAAACAGGGCAAUGUAAGUCAGGAUGAGAUAACAAUGGCAGUUGAAAAAGACGGCAGCAGAGUGUUUACUCUUAUUGAUGGUGAAAAACCUACCGGGACUGCAAAGACAACUACGAAGUUGAAUAUUGCCAAAGGAGAAAAUAGCUUAGCAGAAAGAAUUGCUACGUCCAAAAAUAGACGAGUAGAACCAGCAGUGAUAUCACAUCGAAAACCAAUAAUUGAUUUACCACGUAAAGAACAUCAAAUAAAAACACGAAGUGUAGAGCGUAACAAGCAGAUGAUGUACAUUAUGGCUUAUUUGGGCCCACUCCAGAACAACAGGCAAAUAUGUGAUGAAAGUAACCAAUAUGUUUUAUGCAAAAUGACAGCUAUCAACGGGACAAAUAUUAUCAUAGAACCAGACUUGCUAGCCGCAAGUAACACUAUUGAAAGUUGUCAUGGUAUUUACAAAGCCCGUCUGUCGCUUAUCAGCAAUGAAAAAUUUGAUCGUAUUGAUGACGCCAGCGCAUAUCAGUUAUGGUUUGAAAAAGGAGAAAGUGACACAAUGGGCGAUUUUCCAUCCGGAAAAACUACAAAACUUGUUUACCUUAUCGAUAUUGAACGAGCGGUGAACUUUCCUCACGAUGGUUUAUGUAUUGAGUAUAAAAUUGACCUGCCGUUGCAGUGUGCACUAAUUGAUUUAUCUCCGGUGCACAGAUGGUCAACAGUUAUUGAUUCAAGUCCACAAGGAGAGGAUGACGUAGCUGUAUUUUCACAACCAGUCUCCAUCACAUUAAUAGUCAAAGCACAGGAACAAUUUUUCGAGAAUUUUUUCUGGCCCAGAAUGAUAUUCCGACUUUCUGGGGAAGAUUGCUGGGGAUGCUUCUUCGUAAAUGGCUUUGGGCAUUUAACACUUCCCUCUCGACCUGGAAGAUAUCAAUAUGACAUCAAAUGUUGGCGACAUGACCACAAACAUGACAGGAAAAAUAUGCUGUUCGAGAACUUCAUCUCCGAAGUUGCUUAUUUUAAGCGGACAGAAUCAAUUUUAACGAGUGAAUCUGCGACGCACAGAGUAGGUUCAAUAAUAUCUAGCAUAGGACAUAAUACAGUAAGUUCUGGAACCCUUAAAAUUAAUGUACAAUGUAUCAUGCAAAGUCGAGAAUUCAUAUGUCAUGAAUUCUUCUACAAAAUGAAAUAUGGCACGUUAAUACGACAUGAUGGGAUGCAGUCACGAAUUCACUGGAACAUUUUUAAAGUGCUAUCAAGAUUUGAGGAAGCGAGAAGAAAUCUUCUGAAGAUUCAGAAUAAGACCAUGCCAACUGUUAACAAUAAAAUUUCUUAG